AUGUCUCUCUGUAAUGCUUCAAGUAUAUUCUCUAUUGCUUUUUUUAGUUUUUUUAGUUUUAGUUUCUUUUUAUUCUUUUUCUUUCUUUGCUUCUUUUUCUUUCCUCUCUUUCUUUUAUUCUUCUUCCUUCUUUCUUUCCUUCUUUUUUCUUUCCUCUCUUUCUUACCUUCCUGUCUUUGUUUUAUUAUUUUUCCUUCUUUCUUUCCUUGUUUUUUCUUUUCUCUCUUUCUUUCUUUCCUCUCUUUCUUUUUAUUCUUUUUUCCUUCUUUCUUUUUUUCUUUUUUUUUUUGUUUUUUAAUUUCUUUUUUCUUUUUCUUAUUUCUUUUUCUUCUUUCUUUUCUUUUUCAAAAAUCUUUCUUUCUUUCAUUCUUUUCUUUUUUUCUUCUUUUUUAUUUCCUUUUUCUUUUAUUUUUUUCCUUCUUUCUUUUCCUUAUUUUUUUUUUCUUUCUUUCUUUCUUUCUUUCUCUUUUUUUUAAAAAUUUUCCUUUUUUCUUUUCUUUUUUUCUUUUUUUUCUUUCUUUCUUUUUUUCUUUUAUUUUUUUCUUUUCCUUUUUCUUUUUUUUUUUUUUUUAA